CCUGGAUAUUUUUUGGGUUUCUUCUUUUGGCUAGAUUUCUUAUCUACAGUGUCAUUAAUUUUGGACAUUGGAUGGAUCUCAAAUCUGAUAUUCCAGACAGGAAAAGGUAAAGGAGGAAGUGUUGCAUCUCUUGCAAAAGCAAGUAGAGCAUCUCGUGUAGGAACAAGAGCAGGUAGAAUAGUUAGAGUUGUACGUCUUAUUCGACUGGUUAGGCUAUAUAAGCAUGCAUAGCAAGCUUUAUAAAAGCAAGCUAAAAAAUUCGAGGAAGAAUAAAGAUAAUUAAUGGAAGAAUAAAAAAGAAUGCAACUCCUCACUCAAAAAACACUCUCACUCAGUCCUCU